GUUCAAAGCUAUUGAAUAAUAAACACUUUACAAAAUGUAUUGUAAUUAUAUUAUUAAUAUUAUACUCGAAUUCAUUGGUUUCAUGUAAUGAUUGCAAUGUAAUGGUUGAGUCAAACAAUGGUUUAUAUCGCGGAUGCAAUCAAAGUGUCACAACAGCCAGUCUUACGGCUCCAGAGUUUAAGUUUAAGACUAUUUUCGCUUUUAAGGGCAUCCCUUAUGCGGAACCCCCGGUCGCCAAUUUGAGAUUCCGAAAGCCAUUGUCUUUAACAUACAGCCAAUUGACAGAAGUGAAUGCCACUAAUUAUGGGAAAGCCUGCAAACAGCCCCCACUGGCCAGCAGAGAGACAUACAAUUACUGGCAAUCAUCCGAAGAUUGUCUGUUCCUCAAUAUCUUCACCCCAUCUGUGGACCCAACGGCCAACCUAUCGGUUAUGGUCUACAUUCACGGGGGAGGCCUACUGUUUGAUAGUGCUCGACAAGUGCCCAGUGAACAGCUGAGUCUCCGUGAUGUUGUUGUCGUUACUUUGAACUAUCGUUUGGGUGUUUUCGGCUUUUUGUGUACUGAUAGGGAGGACGCGCCCGGGAAUGUGGGGCUCUGGGAUCAGGCAAUGGCUUUGAAUUGGACUCAAAAUAAU